UAACCACAUAUAGAAGCCUCAUAGAUUAUUUGUGUGUUUCUUUCUUACAUUUCGAAAUUCAGAACGUGUAUAAUGUGUGUAGUAGAAGUAAGCUGUGUACCGUCAGUUAUUUGAUUGUCAUGAAAUAUAUCCUAAUAAAGAGAUGAAUAUCAAGUACUGUUCAAUGCGUUCUUUUUACACCUAUUCACAUCGCUUACGUGCACCCCACAUCUCUACAUAUUUUAUUCACAUCUUCAGGUACAACAAGAACCAUCGUUUAGUUACUUAACUGGUAAAACUAAUUUACUUGUUGGUAAUCGUUUAAAUGACCUAGCAUGUUGCCUUCGAAAUGCCUUUGGAGGUUACGGACGUAUAGUAGCAGUCGAACUGACUCGACAGGAAAAUUAUGUCAGUUUUAUUAUCAGAUAUUUCGAAGCAAAUGCAGCUGAAGAAGCAUUAGAAAUAAUUAAAGGCAUAGGUGGAUUUGGAGGUUGUCAUUCACUCAAGGCAAAUGAGUUAUCAACCGAAACGAAGGACGUCAAAUAA